ACACAUUCACAUCUGCUGAACAGCACAAGAACCAGAGAACAGAGAGCUUGGCACAGACAGAGUGCAAUAAAUGGCUUCUACCCACGUUGCCCUGGACUGCAGCAUGGAGAACCCAAAAGCAAAAACUUCCCUUAGGCAAAUAAGAAAGCCGGUGGUGGAGAAGAUGAGACGGGACCGGAUAAACAGCAGCAUCAAGCAGCUCCGAAUGUUGCUGGAGAAGGAGUUUCAGAGGCACCAGCCAAACUCUAAACUGGAAAAAGCAGACAUCCUAGAGAUGACAGUCAACUACCUGAAAGAUCGUCAGCUCCAGAUGAAUGCAGAUGCAUUUGCCCGGAAAAGCCCAUUCCAAGAUUAUAAACAAGGCUACAGCAGGUGUCUAGAAGAGACUCUUCAAUUCCUGUCUCAAACAGAAAUGCAAAAACAGGCAAACUGGAAACUGAUGCAGCAUUUUAAUAGAAAUGUUCCAGCUGACAGUGAUUUGCCCCAAGGUGCCCCAAGCCUCAAACACUCCUCAUCCAACACAUCAGAAAUAAUCUGGAGGCCGUGGUAAUCACAGCAGCCCUUGCCUACUGCUGGAGGACCUGCAUAUUGCAGAUCAUGCCAGGGACACAGGGGUUAAAGACUGUUAUAUUAAUGAAAUAGAGGAAUGCCCCCAGGCCUGUAUGGAUUGACCCUGAAUUUCUCUUUAAAGUAGAAAAGUUACUUUUCAUGUUUAAUUACUAGUUGCUUCAUGUUGAAGUGUUAAUGGACUGUAGUAUUUCAAAGAAAAUGUAAAUGCACUUAAAUACAUAAAUAUAAAUGUUAUAUAAUUAAAUCA